AAAGUUGAUUUCAAUUUUCGCGCGCUUGGUAGAGAUGCGCGUUGCGCCCGAAUGCCAUAAAACAACAAUACAAAGUAGGAUCGUCUGUUAACCAACUGUCGGAUUAUAUGAGAUGUGUACGAAAAUGAACGAAAUCUUCCACUGACAGCGAAAAGUGGGCCAGCGGGUACAAAGUGUACAAAAGUACAAAUGAGAUUCUGCUGUCAGCCACUGAUUUAGUGUGGAAUAUAUGUGCACUGAAAAACUAUAGAAAAACAACUGUCUGAAGUGGUUGCUUCUGUUGUUUAUAAUGGCGUAAAUUGGCAACCAUGAAACGGGAAAAUUUUCAGUAAGAUACACAAACCAUGGAAGCCAGGUGUACGCGAGCAUCGAGAAGACAGCGGUUGAUGGGUGCAGCUGAAUCAUCACCGAGGCAAAAAAUUAUGCCGAAGCGCAAGGUCCCUAGGCCGAUUAGUUAUCUAAUAAGCGACGAUGAGGAAGAUAUGGUGCAGCCUCGAGACAACCUCGUUAAGCGGGAGCCAGCAGAAGAUGUCGAAGGACCCAUCGCGGUUCCGUCGAAGCGACGACACGAAAGAGAACUUUACAAUGGAUCAGUGAAUAAAAUUCAACGGUUGAAACAGUCAGUACCAGUUAGCGUGCAAAGGAUGAAUGAUUGUUUUAGGCGAGUUCAUGAGGAUACCUUGGGUAACUCGGUGCAAAAAGAAAACUUGGCGGAAACUAAAUAUUUAUCGCUUGAUAAUGGUGAGGGAUUUGGCAGUGUAUCGGUUAAAGAGGAGAUUUGCAGAACAUCUGAACAAGAAGGACCUCAAGGGGAUUCGCCUAAUCUGUUAUUUUCUCAGAAAUUGGAUGGGGUUUCUUUUGUUGGAGGACAAAUCAAACAGGAGCGGCCGUCCGCCGGUGUGGAUACGAACAUCCAUUACAGUGCAUCACAAGUUAAGCUAGAACCAGAACACGCAUCCAGAAGUGACGAUAACUGCGAGGCGUUGUCCCCUGGAAAAGUUAUGCAGGCAACAGCAUAUUCGGAAGCCGAAGUCAUGACUCAAGUACUCUCGGAGGUAGAUGUUCUUCCGGAGCAAGAUAUUCUGACUCAGAUUCUACCAACAACCCCUCAGAUCACCUUGUCAAAAAGAAUGAACUCAAGGAGCAAGGUUGAAAAGCUCUCAACUGUAUAUCACAAACGUAAUUCCCUAAAGGUUCGGCCUGUUAGCCACGCAAGGGUUAUGCCGCAGCCUCAGCGAAAAAAUGGCUCCACCGGGGCUACACGUGAACCUCGUUUAAAUUCUCGCGAGGCAACUCAAAUUCCUUCAACUUCAGGGUCAAAACUUUCACAGGAAUUGAACUCUGAAAGUCACCCCGUAGAAGCCGUGCUAAAAUCUGUGUUUUCUGCAUUUUCCGUGACUUCCACCAGGGCUCAAUUAUCUAAUAGGUUUUCUCCAUUUAAAUCUUCGCCAAGCGAAGAGGUAUCUUGUGUUCCUUUCAAUUUACGUGUACAAGUUCCGUCACGAGCGAAUCCGAUUAGUCUAAAAAAAACUCUAAGUCCCAAAUUGAAAUCUAGGCUAUCAAAAACACCGCCAAAAAACACGAUCGGCAAAAAAAAACUUGUUCUAAAGCGACUUCAGUCAGCGACAGAUCGUAAGGCAAAGGCAAGUCUUGUGCGAAUUAAAGAAGAACCAGUGACGCCAGGCAAAAAGAAGGUUACAUCAAAACCUGCAAAUGCAUCUAACCUUGAGCAGGAGCAAACUACAUACAGUAAAUUUGUCGAUGGUGAGAUCAUCAACGUAGACGAACAACCGGGAACUUCGAAAAUGUCGGAUGGUUUAUGGGACAUUUAUGAAAUUGUUUCAAACAAAGUCGAUGUGAACUAUACGUCAGUGAAACGGGUAGUUCAAAUGCUAGAACAAGGCGCCACUAUACCGUUUAUUUGCCGCUAUCGGCGCGAACAAUCGGGCGGACUAUCCACCGAUUCAAUACAAAUGAUACAAGAUGAGCAUAAGCGACUUUUACAAGUACGUAAGAAAGCGGAGGCCCUUUCUACGAAGCUGGCUGCGCAAGGCCAGCUGACCAGUUCGGUUCGUAACGCUAUUUUUCUGGCAAAAUCAUGCGAUGAACUGGACCUUGUCGCCGAACCUCUUAAAACAAGUGGGCCGAGAACUUACGCCGGCAAAGCGCGUAGUAUUGGAUUAGAGCCGAUAGCCCUAAGCUUCUGGCGGGGCGAAAAAAAGUUUGACGAACUUGAGAUCACGUCUUUUGUUGAUCCAGCAGUUGAAGGUAAGCGAACCCAGCAAGAAGUGCUGCAGUCAAUCCAAUACAUUUUAGCCGAUGAGCUUAGAAAAGACCGUGUUAUUUUGGAUACUUUGAACGGCAUGAGUCGAUCAUCUCAGCUAAGUCUCCUGGUAAAAAAGAAGAAGGCCUUGUCGAAGGUACCCGUCAACCCUAAGGAAAGUGAAGUAAAAUUUCAGGACUAUUUCCAGUUUCAACGGAGCAUCUCUGCUAUUGACAGCCAUCAGGUGCUGGCUAUAAAUCGUGGAGAAAAUCUGGGCUUUCUUAGUGUCGCAGUACAGGUACCUGAUUUCGUUCUGCAUUCUUUAAAAGACGUACUUCGUCAGAGGUUUGGCCCAAACACCUUGGAUAAAGCGUGCCAGAAUCUGAUAGAGAGCACUGUAUCGGACUGCAGUGAACGAUUAUGUAAGCCCUAUUUAACGCGUAUGGUGCGAGCUCACCUUAAGGAGCGAGCUGAGAAUGAAGCGAUUAAAGUAUUCGCAUCUAAUCUCCGUUCGUUAUUGAUGGCUUCACCUGUUCGAGGCGAAGCGGUGUUAGGCGUAGAUCCAGGCUUUGCAAAUGGAUGCAAGAUGGCAAUGAUUUCGAAGACAGGUGAGGUUCUAUCUUAUGGAGUCAUGUACCCCGAUCGAGAGCGGCAUGCGGCCAAACGCCAACUUGCCAGACUCAUCACAACUUACGAGUGCAAUCUCGUGGCCGUCGGCGAUGGGAAAGGAAGCCAACAGGUUAAAGCUAUGAUAUCGGAGUGCAGCCGCGAAGGGCUGUUUGCUGGACAAAAGGUACGCUUCUCAACGGUCCGUGAGGCUGGCGUGUCGGUAUACAGCGUUUCGGCAGAAGCUGAAAAGGAAUUACCAGGGCUGGAUAGCUUUGUGAAAAGUGCCGUAGCUAUUGCCCGACGAUUGCAGGACCCACUUGUUGAGUACGUCAAGGUCGAACCGCGACAUCUUGGAGUCGGCAUGUACCAACAUGAUAUUAAUGAGUCUAGACUUAAAGAGUCACUUCAGGGAACAGUAGUUGAAUGUGUCAGUUUUGUUGGUGUCGACGUCAAUGUUUGUCCAGAAUUUCUUCUCCGACAGGUGGCAGGGCUAAAUGCAAUGGCAGCGCGCAACAUCAUCGAGUAUCGUCAAAAACAUGGGCCUUUCAUGAAUCGCGAACAGCUGCAACUUGUACCGCACAUAGGGCCAACGAGAUACGAGCAAUGUGCGGGAUUCGUUAAGAUCUUACCCGAAACGGUUCAAAAAUGCUUAGAUGAAAGUGUUAUUGUAACUCGAGUAAAGAAGCCGAAUAUGAAACAGACGAUUUCUGAGGAGUUCGAACCCUUGGAUACAACCAUUGUUCAUCCCGAAUCGUAUUCAACAGCCCGCGCUAUUAUUAAAGAGUUGAAUCUCGAUGUCAAUGAAGUAGGGACACCGCAUUUUAUCGCGGUCAUUGUUAAUGAAACGAAACCCGCUACAUUCAGCAGACUCAUAUCGAAACUCUCCGUAUCUCAGCACACAGUCGAGUUUAUCUUGAAGGCACUGGCGGCUCCACGAGGUUCCGACCUUCGUGAUGAAGGCAGCGCACCGAUCUUUAGUGAAUCACUUCGUACCAUCAGUGAUGUACGACCGGGUGACACAAUGCGUGGAAAAGUUAUGAACGUUGUUCCUUUCGGUGCUUUCGUCGAUGUCGCUCUUGGCAACGAUGUCUUGUUACCGACUCGCUUCAUGGGUGCUGCCAACGGUAAACUUCAUGUUGGGGACGCGAUCGAGGGUCGGGUGAUGUCUGUCGAACCGGCUCGAAAUCGGGUGGCCAUAAGUUUCAUAAGGUUCCUUUGAGCCACGAGUCAUAUUUAUGCCCUACGAUGUUUCCCGAAAUUUUAUGAAGGAUUAUAUCAUAAUACUUACCGGCUUUGAUUCGUCGGCGGUGUUAUUAUCCAUUGAAAGUGACGUAUUUUUGGUAAUUUUAUCUAACUUAAUUGUUUUGCUGUCCUGCUAAAUGUGACGCAUAGGCUGUUUAUGUAGAUUCAAAAAAAUUGUACAAUUUGUGUCGUACAUCACGAUAUGGAACGUGCUUGUAGUUAGCAUUAAGAGCUGCCACGACAACCGUUUAUGGGAGAAGAAAGUCUUUUAAGUCCUACGGGAAAAAGUGAAUGGAUCAUGUAAGUUUUUCUGUCAGUGAGCAUUUACGUGUAGAGAUUGUUCAUAUAUAAACAUGACCAACGUCUUGAAUACUGCGCGUCUUUCUUCUUAUGAGAACUACCUGCGCCGAAUUAGUCACUUUGGUUACGAACUAGCAAACAUUAAUUACGGGAUAUCCUUGAACAGUUAAUCUACCUAUAAUUGGAAAUCGUUUUGGAGCGUUUAAUCGUCACAUUGCGUAUCAUUUUUAUACCAAGAGCGCUCCAUUAAGCCUGUAUAUUGACUGGUGUAUACUAGUGGCAUUAGAUCACGUAAUUUGUCUAUCGAAGCCAUCGGAUUUUGGAUUGGCACCCGAGUAAUGAUGAAGGAUAUAUUGCACAAGCCGGAAAUUAAGACAAGGUGCUUGUGACUCCCGGAAUGGAGAAUUUUUUUGUUCUAGAUUUUUGAAGCGUUGUUGACACGUACGGCCAUCUUAGUGAAGCUAGUAGUAUUCCUCGUUAGCCUCGUUCUAGUUUUAAAUCGAGGCGUGAAGGUAUACGGAGACAAAACAAGCUUGUUUGCAUACAGCUGAUUGUGGAUAUGCACAAAAAAUCAUUUUUAAAUGUUGAAUAAACUCAAAUCUUGUUUCAUGUAUGCGUCCUUUUAGUCAUUAUUAGUUUUACCUUUAGCUACUGUUAAAGGUAUGUUUACAACUGAAUUGUAAUCGAUUCGGCCCGCCGAAACGUUGUGUCAUCUUCGGAAAAAAACCCGAAUAAUAAAGAACAAUUAAUGACAAAAAAAGCUUGUGCAAUUUUCGGAACGUCAAUUGUCGUAUCUAAUUAAAUACAGGCCGCUGAUGCACCUAAAUAUAGCCUUUGUGAUAUUUUCAAAGUUUAGUAAACAUCGUUCGUGGACUAUAACACUGAAAUAAAGAAUAAAUAGGGUGUUUUGUUGCGUGCGUUAGAUGCAGCCAAUAAUUAAAAAAAAUAAAUAAUGAUAAAAUAUCCAACUGUGUCCAGUGUUGACUAAAAAUGCUAACGCAUUCUUUGUCAUAUAAAACUUAGACUCAAAUGGGAUCUAUUUAUCGUGUAUUUUUGAGUACUUCGAGUGAUGAGAAGGCAGAGGUAAAUAUUGGACGAAACAAACGUAAUUACCUGGUGUUAGCCAAAGGUCACAUGGACAAGCAGCGGAAAAGUUAACCAAGUUAGUUUGGCUUUAGUGUUUUAAGUACAUGGUUCCAAUAGUAAAGGUUACUUAGCAUAUUGUUUCGGUUAGGUUAUCCUCUAUAGUCCACGGUUCUGUGUACUACAUUUACUUUUCAAUAGCAAUAUGAAGCAUUAUUAACUUCACAAUUAACACUAGCGUUUUCUGCUGCAUCAUGUGGUAGUACCCGUGGCUUUACGUUUAUGUGCCAGCCAACUCUUUAUUUCGUAUCCUGUUAGCACAGACAGAGCAGAUCAAAAUAUUGCGGGAUUGAGUUAAAAAAAAAAACCAGAUCCCAGAGAAGCAAAAUGGACCUUUGAAAUUCAACGCUAUUGACCGCUCUGAUGACUUACGAUGCACAAUGAAUGUAAUCUACUGUUCCCGCUACAGCAAAUCAAUAAGCCGCUGAGCAUCAUCACAAAACACAUUGAAGGGAAAAAGCGAAUUUUGGUUGUUGAAGAACGAUGAAGACGUAGUUUAAGGCAUCUUCUUUUUCGCUAUUUCCUAGUGGCUCGAUAAACCCCACUGAGCAAAAUCCCAGGCGCCCAUCAGUCUAUCUGUUGUUGGCAAAUGAUGAUUUCGGUUGUCAUCUGACUGAUCUGGUUGCCACCGUAGUGAAUACUGUGCGAUUGUGCCACUGGCCUCUGCUGCGAUGAUCGUGUACCAUAAUUGAGCCUACAGAGCGCACAAACGUAUUCUCAUCUCUCAGAUCAUUACAAACCACAGUAGCAUGUGUUUGCUGGAUAUAUCAACGCAGCUUGCGUUGAACUGUUGUCAACUGUUAGUUGUCGGUUAUUGGAACGUUUGUGGUGUGGCGCUGUCGAUCGUUUCAAAAUGUCGCUGACGUUGUCGCUAACGCAGUCGUUUCUACCAAAAGCAGAAACAGUCAUCUUUAUUUAGGUGCGUUCGUCGACGGACAACCACGCCUUAUGGCAUCACCGCCUAAUGGGAAACGCUGAUUUCCUGAAGGCGAAAAGUUCAGAUCAAAAUUACUAGACUAGCGAUACAGAGUAACAAUACAAUGUCGCCUUCAGAAUUCUGUAGAAAUUGCAUAAUUACACUCAGCUGAUGAUAGUUGCAAUAGUGCUACACGGGCAUAGUACGUAAAGUAAAUCUAAAGAACUAGAUCAGAAUGAGGUAUAGACGAAAUAAGCAGGAUAAUUGGUGCUGCGUAAGAGGGACAUAUGUAAUAUACGAGAUAUGUGUAUUUCUUUAACCUUAUAUUCAAAGACCCUGUCGUUAAAUGACUGAGCCAUUGCUGCCCUCUAAUUUCACUUGCCGCGCGCACACAGAGUAGAUGCUGGUAAUUACCUUUUGAAUUUUCAGCGUGUCUUUGCUAUUUCAAAUUGCCGAAAUAUGCCGAUAUAUGUGAAGGUUAGGCACUUGCUAGAUAGGGCCAAGUCGUUAAAGACGUAUGCCCAGGUCUUGCGAGAUCUCUACGCAAAAGAGAGGCGUGAACUUUGAAGCACUUUGACGCAGUUAGACACGAACACUGGCCUUAAAUAUGAAGCUCGGAUGAAUGAGAUACAAUUGGCACCGAACAAACACCAGGGCCAGCCCCUAAAGAUCGCGUCUUUUCUGGAAGAUCUGAAAUUAUUUUAAUUAGUUUAUUUUAAACUACAUGCAAAGGGUUUUUAAAGAUCAGCGGUGUUUCUUCUAAAGUAAGAUUACGUUUGAGUUUAGUCCUAUAGUCUAAACGACGAUUUCAGAAAUGAACUCAACCCCAUUAUGGAAAGCAUUAGUUUGUAGUGAGUUAAAAAUGGUCUGGAUGGGUGUACUUUGAAAAUAUUUCAAUAGUGUUAGGUGGUGUUUUCAUUAUUCUUAACAGACACAUUGUUGCCGCUGAUCAGGGAAUCAUUAUACCGUAGACAUUUAAUCAUUUAUUUACGUGUUGAAAUAAGCUUUGAAAGUUGUAAACAAACAUUCCGUUUUCGUUAAGUUUCCACCACCUAAAAUCUAUACUUAGUUUGCCUUUCAUAUGCCCGCCUAUUGAUGACAUAUUUCCAUGCAAUAGACGGCCACGAUAGCUCAGUCCUUUGGGCCUUCGAGACGUAGCCUGUGUACCAGUCCCAGAAAUUCGAACUCGUCACACAUCAGGUGUGCAGCCCACAUGGUUAAUGAAGGAUUUUUUCAUGCUAUUGUCAUUAUUAUUGCUAUAGCUCACUGGGGCAGCGUAGCCUUUCAUCAUUAUUGUUGACAGCAUUGUUAAAAACAUAAAUAUUUUAGGGCGAUCAAUUGCUCAUGUCCACUUCAUAAAAUCAAUAGAAACGAUUUCGGCGGACGCCGGGAGCUUCGUCUGCUAUAAGAGUUAUGUCCUCUCUGUUUAAGAAAAGGGCACCAAGCGUAUUACAUGGCUUUUUCAUGCAGUAUCGUAUUUCCUGUUGAUUAAACACCCUUCUCAUGACGAUUACACUUACUUUAUGUGUUACGCUACUAAUCCAACCGUUGGCAGCUGCUCUUAAUUAUAUCAUUCUUACUACAGAGACCAAAAACGAGACUUCACGCCGUUAUGCGAUAUCGCUUGGGUGAAUUACCUCACAGCUUUUCGUUUUUGGGAGAUCCACGCUUCUCCAGACAUUGAUGCCGCAGGGAAUGGUUGUUCGCCGGGAAAUGCACCGAAAUAAACGCUACCGUUUCUGCCUUUUGAAGAAACGACUGCUCUACCGACAAUGUCAACGACGACGUCAAUAUGAAUUUCGAAAUAAGCGAUGAAGAAGCACCAAGACUACGAGAAUCGUUCUAACAACUAGUAACUGACUGGUUUACCACUCGAAGCAGUCGACGCGACGACUUGGAGGGGCAUGCCUUCGGCUGAAAAAGAUCGUUUCACCAACAGGUUCGCCAAUGACACACACUACAUAACCUGUGUGAAUAAGGAAAGUUAUUACGGUUAUUAUUUCGGAGCAGGUCGACGUAAGCCGAGCUCAUCUAUUCAGUGAACACGCGCUACUGUUAUUUGUAAUGGUCUGAAAACUGCGAACGCAUCUGUGCGCCCUGUAAGUAAAAUUACGGUAUGCGAUUGUCACAGCGGAGGCCAACGUUACAGCCGCGCAGUAUCGUAUUGACUCACAGUGGUAAACAGAUAAGUUAGAUGGCAAUUUAAAUUGUCAUCCGCUAGUGGCAGGUUGACUGACUGGCAUUAUAUUGUAUUAGGCCAAUAGGCGCCUGCGAUAUGCCCCGAGGGGUUAUCGAGUCAGGGAGAGAGAGAGAGAGAGAGAGAGAUAGAGAGAGAGACAGAGAGAAGAAUGCCCAAGCGAGGUUUUUGUUCGUGCCUGAAUAGGCGAAAUUUGUUUCGUCCUUUCAAUGUGUUAUGAUGAUGUGCUGAUAGCUCAUUCCUACUCGCUGCAGCAGGAAUGGUGAAUUAGAUUCGUUGUACAUAAAAUAUAAUAGUAUGUUAUUUGGGCAAUGAAGGCGAAAAGGAAUAUCAAAGGUCUAUUUUAGUUCUUAGCGAUCUGGUACCGUUUACCCUGUAUUUAUUUUCAAUUUAGUCUUGUUUUCUUUUAUCUUCCUCGACCUAGUCCAUUUUUGUUUACUGAAAAGGCAGUCCACUAAGUAAAGAGCGCUCAAAAAUAGUGAAUCUGUACGUACUACGGGGCAUUACUUUCGUGUAGCUUUACGAAUCUUAAAAAAAACUCGCUUCCAUAUUCGCAGUACCUAUCAUACGUGGUCUCCGUCUUGACAAUGAUGAGGGGAUAGGAUGCAAAAAAAUGUAACUGCAGCUUAUACGAAUGUAUGAAUUACUUAGAAAAAUAAAACUAGAGACAAAUUAACGUCCUUUCAGAUCGGACCAAAGAUUUCUAAACAAUUUCAUUACUAUUGUCAUGUUCAUCAUAAAAAAAAAAGCGUAAAAAUCCAGAUUGAGUUGUUCCUUAAACAGCACCGCAUUCUAAUAUCAUUCAUUAAUUACCGAUGCACCGGCGGUGGUUUAUAAUUAUUACCAUACAACGACAAUCCUAGAUCACCUAAAGUAGGCUGCUCAGGACCACAGGCAAUUGACAAGAAGCAGAUACUAGUGUGUCAGGUUUCAAGUCCGUUGUAUAUGUUCACUAUUAUUGACAAUGUGUCGGGUCUUUAUUGUAGUCAAGUUGUUGAUUCUACCGUGUUUUUUGGUGGCUCACGGCCCCAUUUUAUUGGUUGCCCUGAUGAAGCAUCUAUCGAGGGACCGGCCUCAUGAACUAUUGUGAUGUAAGCGAAUCGGGUUGACCGCUGAAGUCAUCGAGGUAGAUCUGCUGAAGAAUAUGCACGUGGGCAAGGAGCAUAAGAUGAAAAGCUGAACGACACACCCCCGCGAGGCCCGGCUUUGUGUCACAUUCUCACACGUCUACGCUUUCUCUAACGUCAUCAAAUUCAAUGUAGAAACGAAGACUCGCGUCAACUUUGGCAAAAUAGUGAUCGUAUCGUGUUCUUUUGUAUUGUAAAGGGGAUGGCAGCUUUGUUGUACGGCUCGAACGAAAAUGACAAUGAUUUACAAGAAAGAAGCCAUUGGUGUGUUUGAUGCUUCUCGCAUCGGUACUACACACAGAUCAAUUUGUGAACAGGUGUAAACUAUCAGGUACAUCAGUUCUGUACAGGGAUGGCGUGGCCUGGAUGGUUAAUCUGGGUUUUUUGAGUCCGUUACCAUAGUAACGAUGAACGUGCUGCCAUCACUGAUGCAAAUUCCAAGAUGCAAGUGGUUACUGUGCUGUUUCAUAGGAACGUUGAGGAAAUACCUUCAGAAAUACCAGUUCAUUUCAGAUGUCAGAUGGAUACCCGGUCCAUGGACGGAAGUCCAGUAGAAGGUGAUUGAGAAAAUUUGUUUAGCCGAAAAUCUUAAAACGAAAUAAAUGGUUGCCUAGUGUUUAUUUUUAAUGUGCAGUUCGAUAUUAUUAACGUUUAUUGAAAGCAACAAAUUUCCCUCAGCGGUGAGCUUCAAUCGAAGUCCCUAGUGUAAAGGGCUUAUUAAAUCAAAGAAGUGAUCAUAAUAAUAAUAAAGUUGUGUUUUUCGAUAUGGCGAGUUCGUUGUGAGGUGUUUCUGAAAUCCGAGGUCAAAAUCAGUAAAUCAGAGUUCAAGAAAAAAAGUUGUAGGAAUAGCAAAAUAGGCAAGGUAUAUAUUUUAGCUAUAGUUAAAUGUAUCAGCUUUAUGUGCCAGCUAAAUAUAGAGUAUUCGCCGCGUUUGCGGUUUUCGUAUGAAAAAAUAUUGCUAAUGACGAGUGUAACGACAAUUUCCUCUCGUUUUAUUGCUUGGACGUCAUCACCGAAAACAUCACCGAACGAUAUUGCACAGGCCAAAUAUCGUUGGGUGAUGUUUUUCGUAUUCUGCCCUUAGUACUUAAGCGAUUAGGCAUUAUUUCGAUUAUUUGUCAUUACGAUUAGGUUGGCUACCGCCAGCGUGCAAUAAAUUGUUUCUACAAAGAUAUUACGAAUCAGGUAUAAAAAAGUUCGCCUUUACGCCUCUCGUAAAUAGGAUUUAUAAAAAUAGACCACAAUUUUAGUGUAGCGAUCAUACAUAGUGAUCAAAUGUUUUUUUUUUUGCUAAAGUUAAUUAUAUAUAUAUAUAUAUAUACAGUAUGUCCUUUAGAAGUAGUUAGUUUAAAAAAGACAAUUACCGGAAAAUGUUGCAUGCAGACAUCAAACCCCCUCUGUGUUAUUUUUUUACCAUCUGUUGGUAUCUCUAUUGUGUAGGUAUUGUUUGUCGACAAACAAGGUGCUUGUUUGCAAAAUUUAGUAAAGUUGUAAAUA